AUGGCUUUACGAAGUUUCUUUCCCGGAGUGGCCGUGGUGACCGGUGCUGGUGGAACUGGUAUUGGAGCAGCCGUUGCAAAGGCAUUUGCUGCAGCUGGAUGUGAAAGAAUUGCUAUUACAGAUGUGAAUGAGAGUACUCUUGAGCAAACUAGGGCAGCAGUCGCUGCGGCUCACCCUAAGGCCCGCCUGCUUGCUAUGGCCGGGAACGUCGCUGACGAUCGAUUUGCGGAAUCUUUCAUUGAUAAAGUCGUGGAAACUUAUGGACGAGUUGACUAUGGUGUCAACUGUGCCGGUGUGAUCGGUAUACCGGCUAGAUCAUCAGAGACAUCUCUCGCCGAGUUCGAUCGAGUCAACAAUAUCAAUUAUCGAGGAUGUUGGUUAUCUUCUCGCGCCCUAUUAAAGCAGAUGGCUGCUCAAGAUUCUCUGCCCAGUCAUGAUCCAAGCCGCCCGCCACAACGUGGAGCAGUGGUAAAUAUCGCCAGUCAACUGGGGGUUGUUAGUCGUCCUAAUGCCCCUGCAUACUGUGCAUCAAAGUCUGCUAUCAUCGGAUUGACACGUGCAGAUGCAAUAGAUUAUUCUCAAGAUGGAAUCCGAGUCAACUGUGUCUGUCCAGGAGUUAUAGAAACGCCUCUCGUUAUGGAGAAGAAGGAGGUUCGCGAUGCUAUCCUGCCAGCAGUAGAAACAGCCCCCAUGAAAAGAAUGGGAACACCGGCUGAAGUAGCUGACGUGGUGCUUUUUCUUUGUUCGACACAGGCAUCUUUCGUCCAGGGCCAUGCGAUGUUAGUAGAUGGCGGGUAUAUUACCGUGUAA